AUGGAGUCUCGGUCGAGCUCCUGCUGGUUCAGCCUGUGGGUCCUGGUCCUGGUCCUGGUCCUGGUCCUGGUCCCGGUCGGAGGCGUCUCACCAAAGUACGUCGUCCAUCGCACCAAACUCAGCUUCGAAUACGCCGUCAGCUCCUGCUCACCGGGCGUCCUCGCCACGCUCAGAACCGACCAGGAGGUCACUGACGUCACCAGAGUCCUCCGGCCCGCCUUCUCUCCGGACCAGAACAAGUUCACCUUCUGGGUCGGACUGCAGAAGAACAAGACGCAGUGCGUGGUCCCCUCGCUGCCGCUCCAAGGGUUCCGCUGGUUGCUGGACGGCAGCGAGGAGGCGCCGCUGAUCCAGUGGAAGGAGGAUCCAGAGGAGACCUGCACCUCGAGCCUCUGUGCCGCCCUGACGUGGUCCAACAACAGCUGGGGUCUGAUCUCCAUCAGCUGCUCCACCCGCAACCAGUUCAUCUGCAAGGAACAAAAGACUAAACCAGAACCACCAACUAGACCAGAACCACCAACUAGACCAGAACCACCAACCACACCAGAACCACCAACCACACCAGAACCACCAACCACACCAGAACCACCAACUACACCAGAACCACCAACUAGACCAAACGCACCAGAACCACCAAACGCACCCGGAGCGAAGUCGGGCCCGUGUCAGCACCCGUCGGACUCCAACAUUCGCUCCGUCAACCUGGACUCCACCAACAGCAUCUGGCUGGAGUGCUGGACUGGGGACAAGCUGGAGCUGUACUGCGGCGGCGCCCCCCCCGUGUGGCGCCUGCCCAACGACUCCCCCGCCAACCUCAGCGCCGUGUGUCUGCCGUGUGGCGCCGGCUUCCAGAAGAACGCCACCGGAGACUGCGUGGAGCUGGACGAGUGCGGCGGGAACCAUCAGGACUCGGAGGCGUGCAGGGAGCCGGCGGCGGGCGGCCUGGACCCGUCCAUCCUGAUCCCCGUGCUGGUUGCCGUGGCGGCGCUGGUGGUACUGGUGGUGGUUGUCGCGGUAACGGUGAAAUGCUGCCUGAUGAGACGGAAGAGACGCGUCGAGAAGAUGGAGAUGAACAGCAAGACAGCCAAUGAGAAGACAGUAACAUAAGGGAGCUGAGCUGUGAUUGGUCGACCUCCACUGUGUGGCAGUCACAUCAUCAGUGACAUCAUCAAUGACAUCAUCAGUGACAUCAUCAGUGACAUCAUCAGUG